AUGUCCCUGCAAGCAUUGGCCGGCUACGCUUCUUCCUCCGACGAGAGCGAUGACGAGCGCAAAGAGGAACAGUCUUCGAAUGAAGUCCCACAGCGACAAGAACCUGCGCGGGAGCAGGCGCAAGGGAAUCUGGCGUCCGGGAUAGAUUCCAUCGUAGACGACGAUGAUGACUUCGGCUUCCCCGAGGUGCCGAGCUCCACAGAUAAUGCGGGACCUGCUCUGUUUCUGUUUUCCUCACUGCCGGCUCCGAAGAGGGAAGACCCGGCUGAAAUAAUUCCUGAACUUGAGGAUAAGGUCGAAACGGUUUCGAAGCCCUCGAAACGACAGAUUUUCAUCCCGAAGCUGUCAGAGCUCGACAAGGAUGACGACGAUGAGCCGUUGGCCAAGAAACGCGUCGUGAAAAGUUCCGCUGGUUCAAGUCUUUUGAAAAUGUUGCCGCCCCCGUCUUCGGCACCGAUCGCGAAGGGCUCGGUGACAAAGCUCACCCAAUUGACACCUCAUAGUCUGGGCAAGAAACCGCUUCCCCCAAAACCGAAGCCCAAACCGAAAGCUCCUCUGCAAGCUGCAGCGCCGGGCCCUGAAGUCGAUGAUGACGACGGCGACGCACCGUCGACUUUCUUCAGCUUCGAGGAACCAAAAUUAUCCGAAGAGCAACUGAAGAAGCUCAUUACCGCGGAGGAUAUCAAACCUCGAGAGAAGCGACCCCCAAGUCCAGAAGUGGGCCCGGUGCUUCCAACCUAUCUCGAACCGGCCGCCGAGCCCGAGCCCUUACCGGCUGUGAGCGCCUCCGGCUCGCAGGAUAUCCCCGAGGAAGCUCUGCAGAAACUUCGAGGACGAAGGCAGGAGAAGAUUGAGAUUUUCUCCAUCGACGCUGCCGAUUUCACCGCCGAAGCUCGGUCGAAUCUUUCCAAAAAUCUCACCGUGGAAGAUUCUCGACCAUCGCUCAAAGAGGGUCCCGAGCUGAGUCGAUUACACAAAUCAAAGCAUCACAUAACGCAUCUGGCAUUCCAAGCGAAAGCUCGAGAGAACGAGCUGAAAAAUCAAUGGGCCACAAAUCGCAUGACGAAGAGGGAGACGCAGAAAAAAUACGGAUUUUGA